AUGUUGGAAACACCUUGUUUAGCGCUAAUUAAUAUACGUGAGGAUUUUGAGUGGGGCGAAGAAAUGAGAAUUUGCCCUUUUAAACCCACUGGACAGCCACUGUUUUUGCUUACCCUGAAAAUGAACGAACAGGGCUCAUUUUAUUCCACAUCGCCUGACCGCUUUGAAACUGUACUUUUACAAAUCUAUGAUGAGGUGGUGGCUCAAACACAUUAUAUCAAGCAAGUACACCCUCUGAUUUUGCCCAAUUUGAGAUUUGCUCCUGAUCUUUAUCUUUCAUCGUUGGGACUUUUGUCACCGGAGGUGGUUAAUAUAAGGGAAAGGUUCUUACUUGCCUAUAGAAAGGCAAAAAUUCCACUAAAGGCUUAUGCAAGUCAAUUCAAUCAACAUUUAGAACUUUUCAAUUUGGUGAUUCAUGAAUAUGUUGAUAAUUACGCCAAAGAAGAGCAUCCGGCUAGUGACGUGCGGGAAGAAAUCUCUUACCAUUACAGAAUGAAGUCCAAUCUGGAAACAAUUUUACCAUCGUUUAUUGUUAUAGGCCCAUUUUACGUUCUAACUGACAACAUUAAAAACUUUCUUAUAACAAAAAGAGCUGAUAUUUGCAAAGCUUUGCUGGAUAUGUUCGCUGCAAGAAUGAAGAAGAACGUCGAAGCAAUUUUAGAAGAGUACGAGAAUAUUAUAUCAAAACUGUUUGAAAAACCAAUAUCCAUAGAACAUAUUUAUGAAAUGAAGGACUGGAUGGAAACAAUUCCCAUGACAGUAAGGGGGCUAGAUGACCAAACAAGACGCUACGUAAUGGAUUACGAAGUACUUGAGCAGUUUUGGUACAAUUUACCACAGGAAGAUUUUGUCAACAAAUGGACUGCAAUCGGUUGGCCAUUAAAAGUUGCCAAGACCGUCGAACAAAUUGAGAUAUUCCUGAUCGAGGAAACAGAAAGGCUAUAUAAAAUACAGCUUCAAGAUGAAGUCAAUCUUCAAGAGAGGAUUGAGGUAAUGACGGUACAGGUCGUUAACUUAUCCAGUGUUAAAGACUUUUCUAAGGUUCAUGACUAUGCGGUGGAUAUGAGAAGAUUAUGGAAAGCCCUGAAAGAAGCUCAGGAGCAAGGCCAGCUGUUGAAUCAAAGACAGAAACUCUUUCUGCAACCAGUUGUACCUUUUGAAAAUCUCACCAAAUUGAUAAAAGAAUUUGAGCCAUACAAGAACUUGUGGGUUACUGCUUCGGAUUGGCUUCGGGCCCAUGAAAUCUUUAUGGAUAAUCCUCUAGUAAAUAUCGAUGGAGAAGCACUGGAAAGAACGGUAAAUGAAAUGUACAAAAUGAUGGUGAAAUUAGUAAAAGUAUUCGCCGAAAUUAAAGCAGCACAACAAGUAGCAAUUGAUAUACGAAUACAAAUUGAUGAGUUUAGACCGAAGAUUCCAUACAUUCAAGCCCUUAGGAGUCCUGGAAUGCGCGAUAGGCACUGGCAGACUUUCUUUGAAAAAACAGGCAUUUUAAUUGAGUGGGGUCCAACAUUAACAUUUCACGAGUGCGUUGAAUUGGGAGUGGAAAAGUAUGGAGACGUCCUAAUCGGAAUUGCCGAAGCAGCAGCAAAAGAAUAUGCUAUAGAACAAACACUAGCAAAGAUGAAGAAGGAAUGGGAAACUGUGGAAUUAGAUUUGCAGCCAUUCAAGGAAACGGGCACCUGCAUCUUGAAGAUUUCAGAUGAGAUUCAACAGCAGAUGGAUGAUCACAUAGUUCUAACGCAGCAAUUGUCAUUCAGCCCCUUCAAGGGUCCAUUUGAAGUUUCUAUUGAUGAAUGGGAGGAGAAACUUCGGGCUAUGGCUGAUGUUUCUGAAGAAUGGAUGGAUGUUCAGAAGCAAUGGAUGUAUUUGGAACCUAUUUUUACAAGCCCUGAUAUAAGCCAGCACUUACCUGUAGAAACAAAAAAAUACAAAACAAUGGAGAGAACCUGGAGACGGAUUAUUAGAAACGGUCUCUUAGAAAAAAAUACAAUUACCUAUUUGGGCGACAAAGCUUUGCUGGAAAGUCUCAGAGACUGCAAUCACGCCUUACAAUUGGUUCAGAAAGGUCUUACCGAAUACCUGGAGACCAAACGCAACAACUUCCCAAGAUUGUACUUUCUCAGUGACGACGAACUCUUGGAGAUUCUGUCGCAAGCCAAGAAUCCGCUGGCUGUGCAGCCACAUCUGAGAAAAUGCUUCGAGAAUAUUGCGAGGUUGACAUUUGAAAGUGACCUUAAUAUUACCCAAAUGUUUUCUGCUGAGGAGGAGUGCGUGAACGUCGAACCGACUUUGUAUCCUAUAGGGGGUGUUGAACAGUGGUUAUCAGAGGUUGAGAAAAGCAUGAAGAACACUGUCAGGGUAAAUUUGGGAAGGGGACUAGAGGACUUGUACGCUAAGUCCAGGAGUGAAUGGGUUUUGAGGUGGCCAGGGCAAAUUGUGAUAGCUUGCAGUCAGACGUUUUGGACUGCGGUCGUUGAAGAGGGAAUUCGAGAUCAUAAACUAGAAGAGUUGUUCAAUAAUGUCAUAUUGGUCAAUUUGGAUGCUCUGAGAGGUCUUGUGAAAGGACAACUAACAUUUUUGCAGAGAGAAAUUUUAUCUGCCUUAAUUGUCAUCGAGGUGCAUUCAAGAGACGUUACACAAACACUGGUGGAUAUUAAAACAACAAAUAUCAAUGAUUUCGAUUGGAUAAGCCAGUUAAGAUAUUAUUGGACUGAAAGCGAACAAUGUAAAGUACGAGCAGUGAACGCUGAAUUCCAAUACGGAUACGAAUAUUUGGGAAACAGCGGACGUCUGGUUAUAACACCUUUGACGGACAGAUGUUAUCUCACUUUAACUGGAGCUCUCCACUUAAAAUUCGGCGGUGCACCUGCUGGUCCAGCGGGAACGGGAAAAACGGAGACCACUAAAGAUCUGGCCAAAGCCAUGGCCAUACAGUGCGUCGUCUUCAACUGUUCCGAUCAGCUCGACUUCAUGGCCAUGGGCAAGUUCUUCAAGGGUUUAGCCAGUUCCGGAGCUUGGGCGUGUUUCGACGAGUUCAACAGAAUCGACAUCGAAGUGUUGUCAGUGGUAGCCCAGCAAAUAACGACUAUACAAAAAGCCCAACAGGCAAGGCUCGACAUGUUUAUGUUUGAGGGCUGCGAAAUCGCCCUGAAGGAAUCCUGCGCCGUUUUCAUUACAAUGAAUCCCGGUUACGCUGGCAGAACCGAACUGCCUGAUAAUUUAAAGGCGUUAUUCCGUCCCGUCUCGAUGAUGGUGCCGAAUUACACUUUAAUUGCGGAAAUUUCGCUGUUUUCCUUUGGAUUCGGCAACGCCAGACAGUUGGCGAACAAAAUUACGACCACUUUUAAAUUAAGUUCUGAACAACUCAGUUCCCAGGAUCAUUAUGACUUCGGGAUGAGAGCUGUAAAAACGGUAAUAGCUGUGGCAGGAAAUUUGAAACGUGAACGCCCCCAAAUGGAUGAGCGCCAAAUUGUGCUCAGGGCAUUGAGAGAUGUGAAUGUACCCAAAUUUUUAAGGGAUGAUCUCAAACUAUUUAAUGGAAUCGUCUCCGAUUUGUUUCCAAGAAUGAAGGAGGAAGCUGUAGAUUAUGGAAUAUUAGAAGAAGCAAUAAGAAACUCAUGCAAGGCACUUCGAUUAGAAGAUGUAGACGAUUAUGUACGAAAAGUAAUUCAAUUGUAUGAGACUACAAUUGUGAGACACGGUUUAAUGUUAGUUGGUCCAACUGGCUCAGGGAAAACUAAGUGCUACAUAAUUUUGCAACACGCAAUGACAAGCCUGAAAGGAAAACCCCAGCCAAGUGGGUAUCCAUUUGAGGCAGUGGCAACUUACGUCUUAAACCCAAAAUCCAUAACAAUGGGUCAACUUUAUGGCGAAUUUGAUUUACAAACUCAUGAAUGGACGGAUGGCAUACUUCCUUGUUUGGUGCGGGUUGGAAUCAAUGCUCCAAAUAAAGACAAACGUUGGUACAUUUUUGAUGGACCAGUCGAUGCUGUUUGGAUCGAAAACAUGAACACCGUACUGGACGACAAUAAAAAGCUUUGCCUCAGCAGCGGAGAAAUAAUCAAACUAAGAGAUACAAUGACUAUGAUGUUUGAGGUGGCAGAUUUAGCCGUUGCUUCUCCCGCUACUGUUUCCAGAUGCGGAAUGGUGUAUUUGGAACCAAGUGUUCUUGGUUUAGAACCUUUUAUUAACUGCUGGAUGGACCAGUUGCCCAAGCUAGCCCACGACUUCGAAGAUGACCUACGAAUCCUCUUUGACAUCUACGUGAUUCCUGGCAUCGAGUUCUUAAGGGAACACUUAAAAGAGGUCCUUACUUCCAUCGAUUCAGCUCUGCUCAUUUCGUUUUUGCGUCUCAUGGACUUUCGACUGGGGCCAUUGACCGGCAAAGACAACAAGCCUCCUCCUGCCGGGCCAUUCCUGGCAUUAAUACCGGGGCUGCUAGUACCCUGGGUUCAAUUCUCUUUGAUAUGGAGCGUUGGUGCAACUUGCGAUAAUAGUGGCCGGCAAAAUUUUGAUGUUUGGAUGAGAACCAAAUUGCAUGAAAACAAUCACAGACCUAUAAUCCCCCCCCAAGGACUUGUGUAUGAUUACAGAUUACAUGAUGGGGGAUUUACCGAUCCAACUCACGAUGGUGAACCCGCUCCUCCCACGUGGAUCAACUGGAUGAAGGGUGUGGAGCCUUGCCAGUUAAACGUCGACAUGAAAUAUUCAGAUAUUGAGGUGCCCACAAUCGACAACGUGAGGAACUCGGAGCUAAUUGGUACGGUACUACUGAACGAAAACAACGUUUUAUGCGUCGGCCCAACCGGAACUGGCAAAACACUAACGAUAAUUGCCAAACUGAGCAGGAACAUGCACAAGAAGUUUAUUUGCGACUUCAUAAGUUUCUCGGCCAGAACAACGGCUAAACAAACUCAGGAUUUGAUUGAUGGGAAAUUGGACAGGAGACGCCGAGGUGUUUUCGGACCACCCAUUUUAAAGAGGCAGAUUUUCUUUAUCGACGACUUAAAUAUGCCCGCGUUAGAAGUUUACGGUGCUCAACCUCCGAUUGAGCUGAUAAGACAGUGGAUGGACUUCGGAGGGUGGUAUGACCGAAAGAAUAUUGGGGAUUUCAGGACGAUAAUUGAUGUGAAUUUCGCUGCGGCAAUGGGACCACCCGGAGGUGGAAGAAAUCCGGUUACAGCACGAUUGUUGAGACACUUCCACUAUAUUACAUUUUUGGAAAUGGAAACAGACAGCAAGAGAACAAUAUUUGGUACUAUCCUGAAGUUUUGGCUAGACCGGACAAAUCAAGAGCCAUCGUUAUUCGAAAUAAUCCUAAAUUCAACUUUAGAAGUGUACAGCACUAUUUUGCGGGAACUGCUUCCAACUCCUGCUAAAACACAUUAUACUUUCAAUCUACGUGAUCUCAGUAAAGUUUUCCAGGGACUGUUGAUGUUUGAACCUGAACAACUGAAAACCAUUGAUGAAUUAAUCCGUCUGUGGUACCACGAGAAUUGUCGCGUGUUCCAAGACAGAUUGAUCAACGAUGAGGAUAGACAGUGGUUUACCGAUUUGUUGAGGUUGAAAAUAGCUGAAUCGUUUCGAGUUAACCCAGCCGAAGCUUUGGGCACUACCGUGAUCCUAUUCGGAGACUUUAUAGACCCGCAACAGGAUAACGCUCCUUAUGUACAAAUGAAGAACCUCGAACUAUUGGGUGAAUCCUUAAAUUACUACUUGGAAGAGUACAAUGCUCAAAGCACACGUCCAAUGCAUUUGGUACUGUUUUUGGAUGCGAUGUCCCAUUUGUGUAGAAUUGCAAGAAUCAUACGACAACCCAUGGGAAACGGUCUUAUGCUUGGAAUGGGUGGAUCAGGUCGACAAAGUUUGACGAAACUUGCAGCUUUCAUAUCUGAGUAUAAUUGUUUCCAAAUCGAACUGACCAAAACUUAUGGAAACACUGAGUGGAAAGAUGAUCUUAAGACCCUUAUGAUCAAUGCUGGCCUGUACAACCAGGAAACUGUUUUCUUGUUUUCUGAUACACAAAUAAAAUCUGAAUCGUUCUUGGAAGACCUCAACAACAUCUUAAAUUCUGGCGACGUCCCAAACAUUUAUCAGCCAGAUGAACUGGACAAAAUAUACCAGGGAAUGAAAGGUGCAUUGCAAGAAUUGGGAUUACCUGCCACCAAGUCUAAUUUAUUCUCCGUCUACACCAAACAAGUGCGAUCAAAUUUGCACACUGUCAUCACAAUGAGUCCUAUUGGAGAAAUAUUCAGGGCAAGACUGCGACAAUUCCCAGCCUUAGUGAACUGUUGCACAAUCGACUGGUUUAGUGCUUGGCCAGAUAGCGCUUUAAGGUCGGUAGCGAUGCAAUUCAUGAACGAAAUCGAUGAAUCAAUGCGUUUAAGUCCGGAACUCACCAACGGUAUAGUGAACGUUUUCCAGUUCAUGCAUGCCAGCGUAGUUAGGGCAAGUGCUAAGUUCAAGGACGAAUUGGGGCGUACCAACUACGUAACACCUACUUCAUACCUCGAACUUCUAUCCAGCUACAUCGAACUCCUCAGCAAGAAACGUGGUAAUCUGACUACAGGAAUUGGAAGGCUAAAAAUUGGCCUCGAAAAACUUCAAACAACCCAAGAAGAAGUUAAAGUUUUACAGAAGAACUUGGAGGUGAUGAAGCCUGCUCUGGAAAUAGCUGCGAAAGACGCUGACAUUAUGAUUGCACGAAUUGCUGAAGAUACUGUUAUAGCAGAAGAAACUAAAGCUGUGGUGGAAAAAGAGGAAGAAGAAGCUGUAAGGAAAGCUGAAGAAACGGAAAACAUAGCUCAAGAUGCUCAGAGGGAUCUUGAUGAGGCAAUGCCGGAACUUCUUGCGGCCGAAGCCAGUUUAAGAUCCUUGAACAAAAACGAUAUAACUGAAGUAAAAGCAAUGAAAAGACCUCCAGUGGGAGUAGUUUUUGUUAUGGAAGCAAUAUGUAUAGUGAAAAACAUAAAGCCGGUCAAAGUCCCUGGUGAAAAGUUCGGAGAAAAAGUCAACGACUACUGGGAACCGAGCAGACAGAUCCUUAGUGAUCCCGGGGCGUUUCUCACAUCUUUGAUGAACUUUGACAAGGAAUCCAUUACAGCUGAAAUGAUUGAAAAGCUAACGAAGUACGUCGGUGAUCCAAACUUUACACCAGCAAAAAUUUCGAAAGUUUCUAAAGCCUGCACGUCUUUGUGCAUGUGGAUCCAUGCAAUGUACAAAUACUACUUCGUCAAUCAAAAAGUCGCCCCUAAAAAAGCCGCUUUGGCCCAAGCCAAAGAGGAAUUGGAAAUAACGCAGAAAACACUGGCGAAAGCAAAGGCGAGGAUGAAGGAGGUUAUGGAUGGCUUGAAUGCUCUCCAGGAGAAAUUAAACGCUAAGAUUGCCUUCAAGACGGAGAAAGAACAGAGCAUACAAAUGUGCGAGGAACGCAUGAAUAGAGCCGUGAGACUUAUCGCUGGAUUGUCUGGCGAAAGAAUCAGAUGGAUUGAAACAAUAAAAAACAUUGAAGCAAAUGUAGUCAACAUCAAUGGGGAUAUUUUAAUCAGUGCUGGUUGUGUUGCUUAUUUAACACCUUUUACUGACGACUACAGAAGAUAUCUAUUCAAUAAAUGGUUACUGCAAGUUACAGCACAACAAAUACCCUUCACUCCAAAUUCCAAUGUGGUCACAAUUUUAGGGGAGCCCAUUAAAAUCCGAUCUUGGCAAAUUGAAGGGUUGCCCAGAGAUUAUUUCUCCACAGAAAAUGCAGUACUGGCUUCUUGUUCUCGUAGAUGGCCGUUGUACAUUGAUCCUUCUGGACAAGCCAACAAAUGGAUUAAAACAAUGGAGAAGGAAAAAGGACUUUUUAUUUGUAAGUUGGCGGAUAAAGAUAUGAUGAGAACAAUGGAAGCCGCAGUCCGAUUUGGGAAACCAGUGCUAAUUGAAAACGUGGGACCAGAAUUGGAUCCAUCUUUGGAUCCAAUUCUUUUACGACAGAUAUUUGUUCAAGGAGGCACAAAAGUUAUAAAACUGGGUGACAUAACUGUACCAUACGAUGACUUAUUUAGAUUGUACGUUACUACGAAACUACCGAAUCCUACAUUCUCGCCUGAGCUUUCGAUUAAAGUUUUGGUUGUGAAUUUUGCACUCGUACCAAGUGGCUUACAAGAUCAAUUGCUCGCUCUUGUGGUAAUGCAAGAACGUCCAGAUUUGGAAGAGCAAAGGAGUAGUAUUGUUUUAGGAAUGGCACAGAUGAAGAAUGAAUUAAAAGAAAUAGAGGACAGAAUUUUGUAUAAACUAAGCACUGGAGAAGGAUCUCCAUUAGAUGAUUUAGAUUUUAUAAUCACACUUGAAGCUUCAAAGAUAACUUGUGAUGAUAUAAAAGAAAAAGUUGAAGCUGCUGAAAUAACCCAAAUAGAUAUCGACAAUACACGAGCAUUGUAUAUUCCCGUAGCAAACCGAUCCCAGAUUCUAUUUUUCUGCUUGGCCGAUUUAUCGAACGUCGACCCAAUGUAUCAGUAUUCCCUCGAGUGGUUCAUUUCGAUUUUCAUUAACAGUAUGUCAGUUACAGAAAAAUCAGAAAAUAUCGACGAGAGAGUACAAACGAUCAAUGAUUAUUUCACAUUUAGUUUAUUUACAAAUGUUUGUCGAAGUUUAUUCGAGAAACAUAAGUUGCUAUUUGCUUGUCUAUUGUGCAUUCGUAUCAAAAUGAAUGCAGGAUUAGUGGAUCAUAAAGAAUGGCAUCUAUUUCUUGCAGGUGGAUCACCUUUGAGUGAGUUACCAAACCCUGCUCCUACCUGGUUAUCAAUCAAAUCGUGGAAUGAUAUAUUAUCUAUGGCGGCUUGUCCCACUUUUAUUGAAUUUAUUGAUACAUUUGGUGAAUAUAGCCAAAUUUACAAAAAUAUAUUUGAAAGUACAGAACCACAUAGAUUACUACUCCCCCCACCCCUGGAAAAAAAAUUAGACGACUUCCAGAAAAUUAUGAUCUUAAAAUGUAUCCGCCCAGACAAAGUAACAAACGCUCUACAAGAUUUUCUUUCAAAACAUAUGGGCCAACGAUUCAUCGAACCUCAGUCUACUGAUUUGUCCGAUAUGUUCAAAGAGUCCGGUCCCACCAUUCCACUGAUUUUUGUUCUUUCAACUGGCACGGAUCCAGCGGCUGAACUGUAUAAAUUUGCGGAAAAAAUGAAGUUCAGCAAGAGAUUUUUCUCAAUAUCUCUGGGACAGGGACAAGGUCCCAGAGCUGAAAGACUUAUCGAGGACGGUAUUGAUGCUGGAACAUGGGUGUUUUUCCAAAACUGUCACUUGGCACCCAGUUGGAUGCCACGUUUGGAGCGCAUUGUGGAAGGCAUAACUGCAGAAACUUCUCAUCGUGAUUUCAGAAUAUGGUUAACUUCCACCCCGUCACCGCAUUUCCCAGUUUCAAUUCUGCAAAACGGUACCAAAAUGACGAUCGAGCCUCCAGCUGGAAUAAAGGCGAACAUGAUGAGGGCGUAUCUUAGCCAAGUAUCUGAUUUGAAAGACUUCAUGCAGUCUAGUCAUGCGAAAGCCCUUCCCUUUAAACUACUAGUAUUCUCAUUAUGUCUUUUCCAUGGUAUUCUUUUGGAAAGAAGGAAGUUUGGACCGUUAGGCUUUAACAUCCCUUACGAAUUCACAGAUGGUGAUCUAAGAAUUUGCAUUUCACAGCUACACAUGUUCCUUUGUGAAUACCAAGAACUUCCUUUUAAAGUUCUGACUUAUACAGCUGGUGAAAUUAACUAUGGAGGAAGAGUUACUGAUGACUGGGAUCGUAGAUGUUUAAUGAACGUUCUGGGCGAUUAUUACAAUACUGAUGUCGUUCAUUCAAACUAUGUAUUUGAUAAAAAUAAAAUUUAUCACCAGAUGCCUGAAGAAUCUACAUUUCUAGACUAUAUUGAUUACAUUAAAACAUUCCCGAUUAACGACGAUCCUGAAUUGUUUGGGAUGCAUCCAAAUGCUGAUAUAACUUUUGCUCAGGCUCAAACAUACAAAUGCUUAAGUACUUUAUUACUUCUACAACAUCAACAAACUGGUGCUGCUGCCGCAGGUCAAGAGGAAAUUAUAACAGAGACCGCCAAAUCUAUCUUAGCGAAAUUACCUGCUGAAUUCGAUCUUGAUUUAAUAUCAAAAAGAUAUCCCGUUUUGUAUGAGGAGUCAUUGAACACAGUAAUAAUUCAGGAAGCUAUAAGAUAUAAUAGACUGUUGAAGGUAAUCAUGACCACCUUAAAUGAUUUAUUAAAAGCCUUAAAAGGUUUGGUGGUGUUGUCUGAAGCCUUAGAGAAAAUGUAUAAUAGUUUAUUCAGUAAUAUUGUUCCUGCACUUUGGGCGAGCAAGGCUUAUCCAUCGUUAAAACCUCUAGGAGCUUGGGUUAGUGACCUUCAAGCAAGAUGCGAAUUUUUGAUGACUUGGGUGGAUCAAGGAAUUCCUGCUGUAUUCUGGAUAUCCGGCUUCUAUUUCCCACAAGCUUUUUUAACUGGAACGUUACAGAAUUUUGCCAGAAAACACAUUGUUUCCAUAGAUACCAUAAACUUCAGAUUUAAGGUGUUAAGUAACAGACCGAACAAAGCGUAUGAUGAUGGUUGUUGCAUAAGCGGCCUAUUUCUAGAAGGUGCGCGAUGGAAUUAUGAUACAUCGUUUUUGGACGAGUCACAUCCCAAGGAACUAUACACAGAUAUGCCUAUUAUUUGGUUGGUACCUGAGGAAAAUCAUACAAAACCGAAAGGAGUAUAUGAGUGCCCAGUAUACAAAACAUUGACGAGAGCUGGAACACUUUCGACGACAGGACAUUCUACUAAUUACGUACUGGCUAUUGAAGUGCCAAGUAAAAUGCCUGAACGGCAUUGGAUUAAACGUGGUGUCGCUCUUAUCUGCGCAUUAGAUUAUUAAGAAAAGAUAAAUUUAAUAAAGUGUUAAAUUUUACAGUA